AAUUUGCGGUCUAUUUUCUUUAAAGCCUACAGUGUGAACUCAAGUUUUGAGUGACCUUCCCGCCGAGCUGGUACUAGGUGAUGUAGAUAGUCACAGUUGCAAGAAGCGUGUCUAAAAAAGUGAAAGCGAGAAACCAACAAUAAUACGUCCUAAACAAGGAUUGCGCAGACUACACAUCAGUUGAAACCUUAAAGCGAGAAAGGCCAGAAUGAAAUUUAAUCAAGGAUAUAAAAUUAUCCAGAUAUGUCAAGCCCUCUUCGUUAAUGUAUUCCUAAACACGCGAGGUGUAAGCGCUUCAAAGUGCUUUACGUCAGUGCAAGGGACGUCUCUUAUUGGCUACGUCUUUAUGAUGCUGUCAAACACGGAAAUUCAUCAGUGUUUUCAGCACUGUAAAGGAGAAGCUAAGUGCCAGAGCUUGAAUUAUUACAUGAGCAGCAACACGUGUCACCUAAGCAACCGGACGAUCGCUCACAGACCGGAAGAUGCCCGACUGGACAGUGGCUCAGUCUACUUUGAGAACCCCUACAAAGUUUCUCUCGGAUCUGUUCCAUCGAUGCCUGCUUCAUCGUGUGCUGAGCUGAAGCGCGCCUCCAGCACAGGGGUCAGCGGUGUGUUCUGGCUUAUCAACGCUUCCUCGGUUAUGCAGGGGUAUUGCAAUCUAACAACAGGGUUGAUGGAGACAUGUACAGGCAACCCAUGCCAACACGGUGGAACGUGCCAUUAUCAGGGAUCUGGUAACUACAAAUGCGUUUGCACAAGUGGAUUCACAGGGGCAAAUUGUGAAACAAAUAUGGAUGACUGCGCGGGGAGCCCUUGCCAGAAUGGCGCAACUUGUGUCGACGGCAUCAAUAAAUACACAUGCACCUGCGCUGGUGGAUAUACAGGGACACAUUGUGAAACAGAUAUCAAUGAAUGUGCAAGCAGUCCCUGUCUGAAUGGAGCGACGUGCAACGAUGGCGUGAACUUGUUUUCUUGCUCUUGUGUCCCUGGUUACAUUGGUGUUCGCUGUGAAACCAACAUUAACGAGUGUGCCAGUAAUCCAUGUUUGAAUGGGGGGACGUGCUUAGAUGGCGUGAAUAAAUACACGUGCUCAUGUGCAUCGGGUUACAUAGGAACAAGAUGUGAAACCGUGCCCAGUGAAUGCAGCUCCUACGCACAGAUAACGGAUGGUACACGUAAUAUCAACCAACCCAAGACAGCCGCAGUGUGCGACAAAAGCCUAGAGACAAAAUGGUACCGAUUCACUGGAUCUGCCGGGACUCGAAUGCCUACGUCGUGUGUCCCUAUCAACAAAUGCAAAACGGACGCCACCGGGUGGCUCAACGGUGCCCAUCCUACAGUUGCACAGGGCAUCGUUACUCGUCAGGUUUGCUUCCAUUGGAGUAGUAACUGCUGUAACUGGUCCGUCAACAUACAAAUAAGAAACUGCGGUGAUUCAUUCUACGUUUACAGACUUGUUGGAACAUCGAAUUGCGCAUUGAGAUAUUGCAGCACGUAAAAGUAACUAGUUUUAAAGAAUAGCUCUAUGAUUCUUAGGUGGAGCUCUUAUAACUGGCAUCUGGACAGAAAAUUGUAGCACUUGGAAGAGUUUGCUAGUAUAAGUUGCACUACUAGUUUUUCAUAAACAUUAUACCCAUAUUGUGCUCACCUUUAAAAAUUAUGCUAUUUUUCAUUAUGCUAUUUUUAUAUAGCCAGGCACAACAGUAAAGUCGAAGUUUUAGAUUAGUCUCUUAUUUAACAGAUCCCUUAGCUAUUGACAAUAAGAGCAAUAUGGGCUGGGAUAUUUGAUCUCUAGCAUUUAAGCUCUUUGGAGGCGUUGCAAGGCCUGUAAGUUUUUCGCUUCGAGGCCGACGAUAGAGGUUUCACGAGAACGGGAUCAUCACAUCAUGCACAAUUUUAAAUGCGCAAAAUAUUCUGACGCAAAAGCUGCCAUGUUUGAAAUAUUUUACCAUAGAGCAAUUGAUGAUAUGGAACUUGGGGCUUAGAAUCCGUUAUAUGUAUUAUAUAUGCAUUUUCCAGUUAUUCGCUUGUGCUACAAGAGGAUUAGACAAAUCUCGAUUUGUAUGCUUAAUACUUAAUACCUAAUACUGAAUAAAUUAAUCCCCUAUAAUAAUAGUAGUAGUAGUAGUAGUAGUAGUAGUAGUAGUAGUAGUAGUAGUAGUAGUAGUAGUAGUAGUAGUAGUAGUAGUAGUAGUAGUAGUAUAAUAGUAGCUUAUGCUAAUACUGGGGAUGGUACGGUCAGUUUACAGAACGGGAUCAUCACAUGCCUUUAAAUGCGUUCUCUUGUAUAAAGAUUUGUUAGCCGUUUGGAACACUGUCUUGAAAAGUAUUGGAAACAACAUUUCAUUUUCUUUUUUUUUCGAUAAAAUUAAAAGCUUAAUGAAACAUUUCGAAA